AGCUUCAUGCUCACUUCCAAAACAGACAUGGCGGCUGUGUGAGGAAGAAAAACAUCAACGUUUGAGGAAUUUAUCACGUAUUUUCGGUCAUACUUUCUUGAACUCUCUUCAUCAACAUGGGAGGCGGCGACCUUAACUUGAAGAAAAGCUGGCAUCCGCAGACGCUGAAGAACAUCGAGCGCGUGUGGAAAGCCGAGCAGAAACAUGAAGCCGAAAGGAAGAAGAUUGAAGAGUUGCAGAAGGAGCUGAAAGAGGAGCGAGCUCGAGAGGAAAUCACGAAAUACGCGCAGGAAACGGGCGCUGUAAAGAAGAAGGAUGAGCGCUUGGACUGGAUGUAUCAGGGUCCAGGAGGUCAGAUUGACCGUGACGAGUACCUCCUGGGCCGUCCCAUUGAUAAGCAGAUCACACAGCAGUACGAGGAACCCGAGAGCGGCCCGUCUGCUGAAACCGGCCUCCUGCCGGGCUCCAUCUUCAACUCCAACAUCAAUAUCUCCAGCAUGGACAUGGCCUCGAAGAUCAGAGAAGAUCCGCUGUUCAUGAUCCGUAAACGUGAGGAGGAAAAAAAGAGAAGCAUUCUCACAAAUCCUGUUAAAAUGAAAGAGAUCCGCAAAAUGUUACGUGAAAAUUUAGAAAAGGAGAAAAAGAAGAAAAGGAAGAAGGACAAGAAGGAAAAGCGGAAGGACAAGAAACACAGACGGAGGAGUUCUGGCUCUGAUGAAGAAGGACCCCGAAAACACAGGUCAAAGGAAGAAAAUGGAGACACAAACUCUCAUCCGCGUCAGAAAUCUGGCUUCGGACUGCAGCUCCCAGCAGGCAGGUCGUAUCAGGCGUCCGAGUCGACCCACAGGAGGGAGCGGAGUCGGAGUCGCUCUCCGCUGGGCUCCAGAGAAGAAAAGAGGAACCGUUCACCUCAUGAUCCAGACAGGAAACGCAACGCUAAAGCUCCGAGUCCGUUCAGAUCCAGAGAACGCUAUCACAGACCGCAGAGCAGCAACUACAGCAAGCGUCUCUCGGCUGAAGAGCUGGAGAAGAGAAGGAAGGAGAUGAUUGGUUUCGCCCGCGAGAGAGAGGAGGAGCGGGAGGGCAACGUGAAGAGGUACAAACGACAAGACGAACUGGAGAAAGAACGAGAAAGCAAGACCAAACACGACAGCCAGGCCACGUUCAUACAUAACAUGAAGCUGGAGAGCGCUGCCACCUCGUCUGUGGAGGAUCGCGUGAAGAGGAACAUCCACUCCAUUCAGAGGACCUCUGCUUCUCUGGAAAAGAACUUCAUGAGAAGAUGAAGAAAACGUUCCAUCGUUGCGGUUUAAUCCCAAACUUGUACAGAAUUUUAAUUCUUAUGUUAAAGCUCUUGAACCCUGUGUAUCAUGUGCCUAGUGGUUCAUUUGUACAGAAAAAAAGGGUCGACUUUGUCAUGGUUUGUGUUGUGACCAGUUUUUAUUAUUUUGGAAUUGUAAUCCAUUCAUUUCUGUGAAUUUUUGUAUUUUUUUUUAAAGAGAUUAAUUAAAAAAAAAAAAACAUGAACUGGAA